CUAUAUAAUACUGGCUUUACCAUCAUCACAAUUGAGUUUGUCUAUGACUUUUUUGUUUGCCUAGGUCCAGGAAUCGAUUGCGCAUCGGUACACCUGACUUGAUGUUAUUUUUUAUGGUUCGAGCAAAAAAAAAGAACAAAUUUUUUUUCGCAAUUAAAAUUAUCGACACCAUUCAAUUUAAUCCAAUUAUGACGCAAUAGUGAAUAGUGAUCAAUAAAAUGCAAACAAAUUCAAUUCAGCCAUCAUCAUCUUCAUCGACGACGACAACGACGAAGACGAUAAAGAUAAAUUCUGCAUCAACAUUAGAAUUAACCGAAUUGGAUAUUUGUUUAGCACGUUGUACAAAUCCAUUGACAAAAAUUACCGAUGAAUUAAUUGAUCAACUUUGUCGAGUUACAAAUUCACAAACAAAUGGACCAUAUACAACAUUACGAUUUCUUGCAUAUAAAGCACAAUCACCACAAGAAAGUGAAGCAUUACAUUCAUUAUUUGUUUUGGAUUUAGUUGCUAAACGUGGUGGUUUUCGAAUUGCCGAUGAAUUGGGUAAAUUUCGUUUUCUUAAUGAAAUUAUUAAAAUUGUUUCACCUAAAUAUCUAGCUCAUCAAACAUCAGCUAAAGUUGGUCAACGUAUUAUUGAAUUAAUAUUUCAAUGGAGUAUGGAUUUUAAAGAAUUACCUAAAAUAUUUGAAGCAUAUCAAAUGUUAAAAGUACAGAAAAUAGUUUUAGAUGAUCCUGUUCAUGUAUUGAAAAAUUAUCGACCACCAACACCACCUAAACCAAGACCAAAACAUGAAAUUUUUGAUGAUGAACAAACAGUAAAAACAUUACGAUCAUUAAUUGAAAGUGGACGAACUGAACAAGCUAAUCAAUUGAUUAAAAAUUUAGCAAUUAAAGCUGAAUCACGUGAUCAAUUUAAAGCAAAUUUUGUAUCAGAAUUAGAAUCCGCACGAAAUUGUUCACAUUUAUUAAACGAAAUGGUUAUACAAUCGAAUAAUAAUCUAAAAAUUGAUAGUGAAACUAAACGAGUCGUGUAUCGAGGAACAACUGAUGAAGAUUUACAACUUAUGCGUGAAUUAUUAACAAAUUGUGAAACAAUUCGUUUUCGUUUAUAUCGAUUUUCUAAUCAAAUUACUGAAAAUGAUCAUGAAGAAUUAAGACAAUUAAUCGAAAUAUCCGAUAUGUUAAUGUCGACAAUUAAUUCUUGUAAACGAUAUUUUAUAUUAUUGGAUGAUCCAAAAUUAUCACAAACAACAACAACAACUGAUACUUAUGAUAAUGUUUUGGAUAACAAUAAUCCAAUGGAAGAAGAACGAUUACUUGAUUUGAAUACAACACCAUUAGCAUCACCGAAAAGAAUUUCUUUAGAAAAUAUUGAUGAUGAUCUUGAUUAUUCAUUGAAUGAUAACAAUUGUAAUCAAGAAUCAAUGUUACAGGAUUUGAUAACAACAACAACAACAACAAAAACAAAAUUGAAUAAUCAUCGCACAUUAUCAACAUUAGAUUCACAUUCAAAUCUUAAUCAAUUGACCGAUAUGUUUGAACGACAAAAUCUAUCUAAUGAUCCAAAAAAAUUUAAUAAUCAUCAAAAUGGUAAAAUGAUUUCAUCAAUGAAUAAUCAACAACAACAACCUAAUCAAGAAUUUAAAGAUUUAUCCGAAUUACUUGCCAGUAUUAAUCAAAUUUGUUAUGAAGAUAUUCAACCAUGUCGUGAAAUGCGACCACCAUUAAUUGUAUUCAAUGAAAAUGGUCUUGUUGUUAAUUUACAUUUUACUGAUAACAAACCACAUCAACAAGUAUCAGUUUUUCUAUUAACAUUUACUAAUUAUAAUCAAUCAACAAUAAAUGAUAUUCAUUUUUGGGCUGCUGUACCGAAGCGUAUGAAAGUUAAAUUACAAUAUCAAACUGGUUCAACAUUACCUGGAUUAAAAAAUGGCCAAAAUUUUCCCGAAAUAUUUAUCAGUCAAGUUAUGUUGAUUGCUUGUGAUAGAAAUUAUUUUAUUAAUAAUCAUAAUAAUAAGGAUAUUGUCAAUCAACAACAACAACAACAGCCAAAUUCAUCAAUUAUCAAUAAUGAUCAUGAUCAUGAUGAUCAACAACAUUUUCAAACACAAGAAUCAAAUAGACAUCAUUCUUCCAUACAAUAUAAAUUAAAAUAUAAACUUACAUUUUUAAUUGAUGGAAAUUAUUCUGAACAUGUUUCACAAUUAUUAUGGUGGUCAUAA